AAAAAGUUUAUAUUUAUUGAUUGACCGACUUUUGGCUGCUCUGCUCUGUCUGACAUUAUUAUGUAUUUGAUAAGAAAUUUCAUAGAAAUUUGGCGCCGCGCGUUUUAUUUAGAUAAAAUUAACCUUGAAAUUGAAGACAUGAAUUCACCAGGAACUUCAUCAUCUCCUACUACAUACAAAAACUUAAAAGUGAAACCUAAACAGUCUCCAGUGGAGUUAAAAGAAAAAAUGAGAAAGAAUUAUAAAGAGAGAGUUCAGAAGUAUCGGAAUGUGUUAAUUAACAAAUAUCGUGGUGCAGCUGAGGAAGCAGAGUUCCGCAAGUCAUUGACUGAUAUCUACAAGAGUAUGUUCAAGUAUGCUGAUGUUGAUCUCACUGAUGAGGAAGAGGUUGAAUUGAUGGAAAUCAUUAAAAAUGAACUUGUUCAGGAGGAAUUGCAAUGGUGGUUGGAAGAAUAUGAAAAAUCACACCCAGAUAAUGAUGACUGGUGUGAUGUAGACGAAGAUGCCAGUGUAAUCUGCCCGAUGUGUCAGAAAGCCAACUUCACACUUGAGAACCGUGUCUUGAGUUGCCCAAACUGUAAAUUAACAACAACAACUGACAAAAAUCUAACAGAGAUUCGAUGCUUCAUAGCUCGUUCUAUCGCAAAACACAAUGAUAAAUGUACUGGUGAUGUAAAUUUCACUACAAUGCCAGAACACACUCACACAUACAUUUAUCUGAUGUGUUUCCGUUGCAUGAUGAUGGAGACUAUAGUAUAAAUAAUCAUCAUACAAAAAUCUAUAUUGGUGUCUAUAAUCCAUUUUAAACUAUAUCUGAAGAUGUAAUAGCAUACACAUUACAGUAUUACACUAAAUGUUGUUAUAGUAGAUACAGGAACUAAAUGUUGUAGUUGGUAUAUACUCUAAACAUAAUCAGCAGCUGUAUAUGUUCAGCAGGUACCUACUUAAAAACACAUAACAUAAACAGUCUAUUUACGUCCCACUGCUGGACACAGGCCUCCCUGCAAUCAACUGGAAGGGGUAUGGAGCAUACUCCACCAUACUGCUCCACUGUGGGUUGAUGGAGGUGUUUUUAAACGGCUACUAGCCGGGACCAACAUGCCCUCUGAAGCACAGAAUCAUCUUACUUUACCUACUUAGAAAAAAAAAAAAUAAACCUACAAUAUAUAGGCCCACUACUGGGCAAAGGCCUUCCCUAUUCAUCCAGAGGGCUGACCAUGGGCCUUACUAAAGAGCUUACUAGACUGAUAUCAGAAAUAAGUAUUUACUUUUUGAUCUUUAUUGAUUUUUUAAUUCUAUUAAUUGUAUUUUGUAGUCAUGGGGGUAGUCUGCGACUUCUAGCACUUAUUUUGCGUGAAAUAAUAAUAAUUCCUAUGAAUUAUCAAUAAUAAUUAUUACUCAAGAAUCCAAUAAAAUAAUUUUCUAUGGAUUUAUCUAAACUUGUUUUUGUGAUAUUAUUGUACUAAACCAUUGGCUGUGCCAAUCGAGUGAAGCCUAAGGAAGUGAUUUAUUUAAUAUUAUUUUAUUAACCAACUUCAAAAAAGGAGAAUGUUCUCAAUUCGUCGAGUUGUUUUUUUAAGUAUUAAAAUAUAAUAAAGUCUGUUUGAUACUGCACAGUGACAACACUAAAACUGUUUGUGAUACAUAAUUUAAUUUCAUACCUAAUUUGUUUUUAAAUUCCUAAGUACUUAUAAAGUGAUGUUAAGUGAUAAGCAAAUAUAUAAUCGUAAUAAUA